UUAUGCUGUGAAUUGUGAUGCUUUAAGCUUCGAAAUGAGCUUCAGUACCUUAGCUUUCCGGCUAGUUGAGAGAGGCAUGUCAUAGAUGUGAAGUCACAGUUGUGGAGGACUGUGUAGAAGAAUCAGGCUGUGAUAUUAAUGAGCAGAAAGGGAGCAAAUCACCUAUUAAUCACACCUGUCCAAUAUGCUUGCAACAUUUCCCUUCCGAGGCCAUUGAACUUCAUGCAAGUUCAUGUGGUGAAAGUGCUCCUGACAGAAGUUUGGAAGUUACAGACAUAACUUUGCCCAGCUGUAGUUUUAAACCUCUGGAGGAUUGGCAGUCAGUCCCAGACCCCACCAAGGCUAUGUCUCAGUUUCGAGAGGGACAACUUCAUAAUCAUGCAACAGAGACACCUUUGAAUAUGCACAUGGACAUGAGAAGCACUCCAGCAGAGCGAGAUAGGGCUCUUCUCUCUUUCUACAAGAAGCCUCAUGUGGAAUGGGCUCGGCCUUUGCACUGCAUAUUGGAAGGUGAUUGUGCAGUUGGUGAAGGUGUUACACGAUUCUUUUUCUCAAACUCUAUUGAAAAACUGAAGUCUGGAUUUUCUGUAAACCUCGCAAACGCUGGAGUCACCAAACUCUUUGAGGGAGAAACGGACCACUUGGUGCCAUCAUCUUCCCCCUUUCUUGUCGACAGUGAUCUCUUUGUUGUUGCUGGGAGAAUUCUGGGACACUCUUUCAUACACGGAGGACCAUGCUUAUCUGGUUUAAGUCCAGCUUUCGUGCAUGUACUACUGGGAGGAAAUCCUGACACUGCAACUGUACAACUAAACGACUGUCCAGACUUGGAUAUCCGUGAUACAGUCAAGCUUCUUGAGAAGUCUGAACUUUCGGAGCAAGAAAUAAAUCAAGUGCAAGUCUUGGCAUAUGCCUGGGAUCUACCCGGUGUUACUAAUACCAACAGGAGAUGGCUUUUUGAAAAGAUGCUCAUCCAUGCUGUAAUUGGACGACUAUCAAGGCAAAUCAAACAAUUAAGACGUGGCCUGAAGGAAACCCCGAUUUGGGCAUUUUUGCUUCAACGCCCAGAUGCAGUGCCUUUCCUUUUCCCAAGAGAAACAAUGGAGUGUAACCCAGAGUUAAUUCUGCAGGCAAUUUGCUGGCCUGGACAAGAGGAAGAGGAUUCGGACUCUGAAUAUUCCCUAGCAACCAAAUGCUGCAUCUCUGGAUUCCUCUGGAUGUUUUAUAAAAUAGACAAUUAG